AUUCCAAAAUUAAAAGAUAAGAAAUCUAGUGAUUUAAUCUUGGCCGCUGAAAUUAUUUGACCACGAUCUCAACCGUUGCAGUGUGUUGUCACAUCACAUCCUUAUCUUCUGAUUCCAAAAUUAAAAGACAAGAAAUCUCACAGUUUAAUCUUGGCCGCUGAUAUCAUUUCACCACGAUCUCAACCGUUGCAAUGUAUUUUCCUUUCCUAUAUAAUCUCACACUUCUCAUUCAAUUUGAUCACAUCUCUUCAACAUAUUUCCUAAAUAGCUAUAUUUUCUUCAAAAAUGCCAUCCAUUCGCGGUUCUUCUUACUCAGUAGAGGAAGAUGUGCACUUGUGUCAUGUCUAUGUUGACAUUUCUCAAGAUCCAAUCGUAGGAAGAAACCAAUCAGGUAAUAAUUUUUGGGCAAGAGUUCAAUCAGAGUACCACAAAGAUGGAAAAUUUAGUAAUAAACCUCGACCAGUAAGAUCUUUGUAAACUCGAAUGUCUACUAUUAAUAGUGCAUGUGCAAAAUUAAGGGCAUGUAUCAACCAAAUUGAAAAUAAAAAUCCAAGUGGUGCUUCAGCAGAAGACAUUUUAAUUCAAGCGAAGAUGUUAUUAGCCCAAGAUAAAAAGUACGAUAAAGGCUUUAAAUUUGAUCAUGUGUGGCACAUCCUCAAAGGUAUUCAAAAGUUUUCAAAUGAUGAAAACAUCAAUGCACCACGUAGAUUCCAACACGAAGGUCCUAGUUUCACUUCAUCGAAAUCAUCAUCUCACAAUUUUGAGUCUCCAACAUCGGCAUCCACUGAGUUUCAUAAGUACAUUCAAAGUGAAAAAAGACGAAUUUACAAAGAAAGGGCACAAACAUCCGAAGUUGGAGAACAAGGAGAAGGAUCUCAAUAUGAGGGAUCUCAAUAUCAGGGAUAUCCAAAUCAGGGAUCUCAAUAUCAGGGAUCACAAUAUGAGGGGUCACAAUAUCGAGCAUCUCAAGAUUCGGGACAUGGCGUUGAAGAUGAAGAUCAACGAUCUCAAGAUCAAGGUGAAAGAGCUGAAAAUGACUCACAAGUUUAUAGUCCGUAUUAUGACUAUCUUGGCGGAUCAAGAAAUAAUCUUCCACAUUAUUAAAUUGUUGUAUCUCAUUUUGUCUUUGAAGGUUCGUAUCUGUGUUAUUACUUUUCCGUUUAAUGUUUGGUGUGUUGUAUUUUAAUUUUUAAAUGUAUGUUUAAGUUUGUAAUAUUUUUAUUAUGUAUUAUUGAGUGUGCUUUAAUUUUAUAAUGUUCUGUUGUGUAAUAUAAAAUAUGUGUACUAUUGAUUAAUAAGAAUAUGAUGUUUUAGUGUGUUUAA